AUGCAAUUUGAAGAGCAGAAACAAUGCCGAAGAGUAUUUGAGUGGCUCCGAGCUCCUAACACUGAUAUCGAGCAUGGUAGUUUGCUCAAGAUACGAAAUGAAUACCCUAACACUGGGGCGUGGCUGCUUGAACACAAAUCUUUCAAAGAUUGGAUUCAUCCAGACUAUGCGACGAUUCCCCCUCUCCUUUGGCUUAAGGGAAUUCCUGGAUCUGGUACGGAUUACCCUCCAAAACCUUUAAUUUCAGAAAGAGCUAAUUCGGAGAAAAAAGGCAAAACAGUGCUUGCUUCCCUGGUGGUAGAGGAGAUCCGUAAGCUCAACCGAAAACCCACUGUUCUUUUUUUCUAUUGCAAACACGACAAUCCUGAAUUCAGCACUUUCCCUGCAAUUGCGAGAGGUCUUUUGGCUCAGUUGUUGGAGCAAGAGAGACAUCUACUCCCUUACUUCGACCAGGAAUGCUGCACGAGCAAGGAACCAAUUCUCCAAACCCCAGAGAAAAUCCAAAAACUACUGGAUAUCGCUCUCACACAUUGCAAAAGUGCUUAUAUUGUGCUUGAUGGCCUCGACGAAUGCAAACGAGAAGACCGAAAAGAGAUAUCGAUGUGGUUUCGAGAACGUGUCGAGAAUCCUCCUCAUAAUGAACCUCGUAAAUUACGAUGUCUCUUUAGUAGUCGGGAUGACGGUCAUGGGAGAAAGGAUUUUGAAGACAUCGAGACGGUCACAGUUAGUUCUAGCGACAUUGCGAAAGACUUAGAAACAUUCUGCCAGCGACAAGCGGACCUCUUAAGAAUCAAGUUUCAGCUUACAAGCGACAGAGCAGAUGACAUAGCUUCGGCAGUUUCUCAGAGGGCGGCAGGUUAG